ACAACCACAAGCUCAAACGUAACAAACAUGUCUGCACUGAACCAUCUCUUCGAUCUACCCGAUCAGAUUUGCUAUGUCCAAUGUGGUUUCUGCGCCACCAUAUUACUGGUAAGCGUCCCAUGCAGCAGCUUGUCAAUGUUGGCCGUCACGGUCAGAUGUGGUCACUGCAGUUGCCUCCUAUCUGUCAACAUGAUGAAGGCCUCCUUUGUUCCCCUCCAUCUGUUAGCUUCCCUUACCCAAGAUGAGCAAAGAGAAGAACUCUGCUUAGAAGAAGUGGACAAACAGAACAACCGCCCCUUGGACAUGCGCAGCCCAUCCAUGGUGGUUUCCAAUUCUGACAAUGAAGAGGAGGACACAAUCUCUAUGAAUCCCAUUGUUAACAAGCCACCAGAGAAGAGACAACGAGCUCCGUCGGCCUACAACCGUUUUAUCAAAGAAGAGAUCAGGAGGCUUAAAGCUGAGAAUCCAAGCAUGACUCACAAGGAAGCUUUCAGCACAGCUGCAAAAAAUUGGGCCCAGUUCCCUCCAAUUCAGUUCAAAGGAGAUGGUCCAGAUGGCGAGAGCUGCACUAGCCAGAGAGAGGAAAAUAUGACAUGGGAUUCUGAUGUUCCUGAGGCCCAUGAAGAUGGCAAAGUUUUCCGUGAGAGAAAGGCCCCAAGGCAUUCCAUGUGGGCAAGGACACCCUUCGAGUGAAUGAGGCUUGACCUAAACCUCUAUAACAAGAAAGCUGUUUCUCUCUCAGGCCCACGAUUUGGGUUGAAGUCACUUGCUAUUUUAGGGUUAGAUUCUCUAGGGAAUGUGGUUUUCGUUUCAGAUUGAACAAGUCUUCACUGACAGAAAGAAGUAGUCUUGCUUUCAAAUGAGCUUACUGAUUAUGAUGGAAUAUUGAUCCAUUUAGUUCAAAGCAGACUUAAUUUUCUAGUUCUACUCUGUUUCCAAGUAAAUCAAAUUUCUUUAUGGUUAUGGACUGCAUGCAAUUCCAUGGUUGUUGUUGUGACAGACAGCUAGAUUUCCUCAACAAGGUGUGCAUGAAAAUUGGUUACCUGCUAGCAGAAACUCUUAUAAACAGACAUUAAUUAAUGAGACAUUUCAGAUUCAGGAUGUGUUUUAAUAAUUAUUUCUCAUGGUUUUGCUUAAGUUUAAUUUUCCAAUGUGUUUUGCAGCAAAUACUCAUGAAUCAUAAGAUAGGUAGAUAAUAAACUUCAAUCAUGUUCUUGAGACACAAGUGAGUGGGAGCAUUUUUUAUCACCACUUUAAUCCAAGGUGUAUCAUCACCACCUUUCUCAACACUUGACAAGUGUCCAUGGGAAUAACCAUGGUUCCACAAAUACAAAGUAAAGAGUUAACUAUGAUUAUGUCCAUGAACACAUGUCAAGUGUUAAGAAGAAGAGUAGUGAGGACACACCUUGAGUUAAAGUGGUGAACAAAAAUAUCAAAAAUAUUUCCUACCUUAGUGGGAUUUUAUCCGCUUUAACCAUGGAACCUUAUUUUAGCGGCUGUAAU